ACGGCGGCGGCUUCGCGGGCGCGCCGCCCCCAGCGGAGGCAGUUGGCGCCUGCGGCGGGCUGGGCUCGCGGGGCGCAGGCGCUGCCGCUUGGGCGGCCGCGCGCGGGAGAGUGGCCUGGGCUCGCGGCGCGGCGCGGUGACUUGCCCGCGGCCAGAGCCGCGCUCGCCCUCCUGCGCAGGCCGCGCCCCUUGUCCACCGCGUCCUAGGGGCGCUGGACAUCCGGGAAGGACGGGACGCCGCCGUCCACUUCCCAGGGAUUCGGGAACGCGCUCCUCGUCCGUCUUAGAACGCGGUCCCCGCCGCAUUUCACAGCUGACUCUGGGGCUCCCAUUUGUGGACGUGGAACAGUGCUCUCCCUGGGAGACCGUGCGGCCGCGGCCUCGCAGAGCCGGGUGCCGUGUCUUUCCAGGCACAGGUUGCUCUCCUGCUGCCGCUGCGUCCGGCAGUCGGUGCUCGUGUGUGUCUCGGGCAGCGUGCACGCUCCGAACGGCCGGAGAGCCCCGUUGGUGCCGGUGGAGCCCGUGGGAGGGCGCUGGGACCGCGGCGCGGGGCCGAGAGACCCCAGCCACUGGAACGCGCGCUCCCGCCUCCGCUGGACCUCGCCCGAGGCGGUCGUGCCCUGAAGCUCUGCGUCCCUGCCCAGUGCGCCCGCCUCCGGGGUUUUUGCCCCUUACAUCGUGGGUAACUCAGGGCGCGGGUCCUCAGCAUCCUCGGUCCCCGCGUGCUUUGGGGACAGACAGCCUCCCGCCAGGCAAGGACGGCUGUUUUUGAAAAGGCUUCCCUGUUGAUCGAUCCUCCAGUUGAGCAUGGCACAGUAUCGUAGGACAGCCUGGCACGUUCUGCCCGGCGCUUAGAACCUCGUUACAGUGUUGAUUCAGGGUAUUUACCAACCCAGGGGUGCCUCCAGCUACCUCUCGGGAUUGGAAGGAGCUGGGACAGGCUUUAACACGCUUACCACGGUACCUCUCAGGUUAUGUAUGUUCUACAAACAGUAAGAAGCAGAACCCCCGAGUUCACUUUUUGGAAGUCUCUGCUGUGGAACUUGGAGUGCCUCAUCCAGUUGGUGAGAGCUGGAGCCACACUGGACGUCUCCACUACGCGCUACGCACAGACUCCAGCCCACAUCGCUGCUUUCGGGGGCCACCCCCAGUGCCUCAUCUGGUUGAUUCAAGCAGGAGCCAGCAUUAACAAACCGGACUGUGAGGGCGAGACCCCCAUUCACAAGGCGGCUCGCUCUGGGAGCCUGGACUGCGUCAGUGCCCUGGUGGCCAACGGGGCCCACAUCGACCUGAGAAAUGCCAGUGGCCUGACAGCAGCAGACAUUGCUCAAACCCAGGGUUUCCAAGAGUGCACCCAGUUUCUCUUGAACCUGCAGAAUUGUCACCUGAGCCGUUUCUAUGAUAACGGCCCGGUAAAUGGGGGCCAUCAGAGCCGAUUCCUUAAUCAUACUAGCGCGGGAACCAGUCGCAAGAGAUGCUUGGAAGAUCCGGAGCCCUUUGGAGUGAAGAAGGCUAGGACCGAAGCCCGGAGCCCGGGUCCCUGCAGGCCGCUGGGGAACGGCGACGCGGAUGACGAAGCUGACACGAUGCUGGUCGAUAGAGAGCUUGCUGCUGUAACAGAUAUGAAAAACAGUAGCCCCGUGUUGGAUACACUGACAAAUGGAUGUGUCAUCAAUGGACAUUUGGACUUCCCCUCCACGACACAGCUCAAUGGGAUGGAGAGCAGGAAUGACCAGUGCUUAUCAGGAUCUAAUGGAAUUAGCAAUGGAUUAGUUCGAGGACGGCCUUUUCCAAGUAGCCAGGGCUCUGUUUGUGUUAAUGGGACUGAGGACCCAGAAAAGACCAUGAGCGUUAAUGCGGAGAUGUGCGGCUCUCUGCACCUGAAUGGGAGUCCGAGUAGCUGCGUAGCUAAUAGACCUUCCUGGGUGGAGGACAUUGAGGAGAAUCUGCACUAUGGGCAUUACCAUGGGUUUGGGGACACCGCUGAAAGCAUCCCCGAGCUUAAUAGCGCGGUGGAGCACCCCAACUCCGCGAAGGGGGGAGAGAGACACGGUGGGGCUGCCCUGGGCGCCAUGCACCUCUACCACGGCUCGUAGAGACCAGCGGCCUGACGGUAUCUGGACGCACCCAUCCCUCCUGGCAGCCAGCUCACAAUACUCACGUAGCAGCCAUUGGAGGGAAUGCCACGGCUUGUGCUAUUUUUUUAUACUUCAGCUUUCUGAAAAAGUAAGCUUUUAUUUGAAAAGUUCCUCGUGAGUCCUACUGUAUGCACGAGUAGGACUGAUUGAGCGCCCAGGUGUUUCUUCCGUGGGGUGGCAAGCCUCUUUCAGAAUUUAAUUUUUCUGCUGCCAGCCUCGAUGUUUUCCUUUAAACACCGUCACCACAAAAUGCCAUCUUUCCUCUUGUCAAGUGAAAUUACAUCAGAUCAGGAUAAAUGAGAGGCAGUAGAUGAGGUGCCUGGUGACUCAACUCCUUGCACAUAGUCAUUUUGAAAAGCUUGCUUUUCCUCUUUCCUUUAGAAUUUAUGACCGCAGACCGCUCUUUCCCUAUGCAAAGUACAGCCUUACAAAGAUUUCUUGAAGAAAAGAACAUUUGUCUUUUUCAAAGUCUUUUCAUUGAAACUUUGCAACUUGCCAUGUGGUGGGGUCUCGCUUACAGGCACACAUGGUGAUUUGGGGAUGGAGGUGGCCCCUUCUUCAACGAUGUAGCUCCCUGCCCCGGGUUUCACUGAAAACACCUGCAGCCUGGGACUGACUUCUGACCCAUUGUGAUUUUAUUCCACAUUUCUUGCUUUGUCUCUACAGUUUUUACCACAGAUAACGGUUUCCUUUAUAUGUAGUGGAAAUUACUAUUUGUAGGAACUGUCAGGUCAGAAUAUUUAACUGACGAUUUUGACUUAUAUUUUCUUUUUUCCUUGUUUUUGUUUUUGGGGGUUUUCUGCUUUAAAAUAUAUACCACUAUGUAUAUCCAGUCCACUGAGAGAAUUUUGGAUCUCUCUUAAUAAAACUGCACUAAGUUUAUGGUUUUAUAGAAAUUAGCUUUUGUUUAAGCAGCUAGUGGUCACACUGUGCAAAUAUUGUAAUGAAUUUUUACUUUUCUGAUUUUUGUAAUAAAAAUUGGUGAAGACAGAGAAAAUGUCAAAUGAACAAGCCAAUGUUCUAAGAGUGUUACUAACAUCUUGUUUUUAAACUGUACUUUACAAAUUGAAUAAAAAAUUCUCACACUCGA